AAUUGUCUCUUACACUCAGCGCUUUUUGCAUUUUAUUUUUGUUCCGAAUUACAUAGUGAGAUUAAUUAUAUGAACAUAAUUUUGCUUUCUGACAGUAAAGAGACUGCCUUUAAUUGCUUUGAUGGUGUGAGAAAUGUGAUGCGAGGGAUCAGGAGAGAGAAAAAGAGACGGUGUUCCACGCUAUUGAAAUGCAAAUGUUAGCAAAGAACAAGGAGAGAUUGUGUGUGUGUGUGUGUGUGUGUGUGUGUUUGGGAGUAGGGGUACAUGCACAGCGUGCAAGUUUGAGAAAGAGGGGACUUGUUGAGGAAAUAACACCACGCGCACUCGCCAGAUCGCGCCGCAGCGGACGUCACGGUUGCUGCUCCGCGGUCAGUGCGCGUGCUAACUUUAUCGAUUUGUUUCCAAAAUUAAAAGAGCGCUUACAUGGCCUGACUUUACGUUCAUGUCGCACAGAAAUUCAUUCGGCGUGUGUGGUGCUGAAGUUUUAUAGUCGCGUUCUCGACUUUUUUUGUUUGUUUUUAUUGUCGCUUUCAUUGGCGAAUUCACGACAGCGCGAGACCUCGAGGAGACCCGUUCGUUGACUCCGGCUGAUGAUCCCGUCAGUCGUCGAGCUCUGGCCGUGAAUCAUGUCGCGCCGAAAGCAGAAACGACCCCAGCAGCUCGUUAACGCGGAUCCGGGGGGCACGCGCCUGGCAUCGCAAGAUAAUCAGUUGGCUGUGAAGUCACCAUCAAACUCUCUUGCUUCAGAACCUACCUCAUCUUCCUCAUCAUCUCCUUCCCCCUCUUCCAUCCAAGACUGUCAACCUCCCCUUGCCCCAAGGCCAUCACCUGGUGGCUUGCAUGCGCCUUCCCUUCCCAAUGAAAGUUCCUCCCCUCCACACUGGCCCAGUCAUAUUGUCCCCUACACCACAUCUCUUCCCAAUACCCAUUCUUCUCUCUCCCCAGAUUUUCCACACCCUUCUCUGUCUUCCCAGACACACUCUCCUCCUCCUGUCCAGCAGAAGGCGUCCCACAUUACAGUCCAUCAGCCUCAUUCCACUAUAUCUUCUCCUCAGAUGGGUAUCUCUGCCACAACCACCGGUUCAUCCUCAGCAUCUUCAGCAUCCCUAAAUCCUAUACCACUUCCAAGGAGCCCUAAUUCCACACAUCAAACCCCUUCCAGUCUACAAGAUGAGGUUCAUGUGCCACCUACCCUGGCUGUGCUCUUAGAAGAACUUAGGGUUUUGCAACAGAGGCAGAUACACCAAAUGCAGAUGACUGAGGAAAUCUGCAGACAAGUGCUACGUUUGGGUGGAGUAAUCACUAACCAAGAUACAGCAUCUCUGGAAACCCCCCAAAGAACCUCUGAAUCUCUCUCACCUUCCCUCUCCACCUCUGGUCCUUCCCAGGCUACAGCCUCUUCCAUACCCUCCUCUCUUCCAACACUAAUUUCAGAAUCUGUUUCAAACCUCAACAUGUGUACUACUAAUGGGCACAAAGAUUCAUAUUCCUCUUCAUCAUCCACACCAUCUUCUACUGCCUCAUCUCUGGUGUCCUCAGGUGCUUCUGUGCUACCUCUUUCUUUGUCAUUGGGUAUCCCCCGUUACCUCCAUGAAAAGUCCCCUAACACAUCAUUGAGCCAGACCAGUGCUGUUAGUUACCAAACCCCUUCUCUACUCACCUCUAGCACCCAGGAGCAGCUGUCAAUCAGCUCUGCUGUGGGAACCUCAGCUGGGUCAUUGAGCACCUCAACAGGGCGCCAGCAGCAUGUCUGUCGGUUUUGUGGUAAAGUUCUGAGCAGUGACUCCUCCUUACAGAUUCAUCUGAGAUCCCAUACAGGUGAAAGGCCAUACCAGUGUCCUGUCUGUCUCAGUCGCUUCACGACACGUGGGAAUCUUAAGGCCCAUUUUCUGCGCCAUCGUGAGCAGAACCCAGAGCUGUCACUUUCCCUACUCCCACCUGCUCUAUCGGAGCAGAACCAGUCAGGAUCUGGGCUUGUGGCAGUACAGAGACGCAGGAAGCGCCGUGCAGAAGAUGAAGAGCCUUUUGCAGUUAAAGGUGGUGUGAGUGUACCAGAUGGCUUAGCCCUUGGUUUUUUAUCUGGUUCAUCUUCUCGCCUAUCUUCUUCAUCUCUGCCACUCCCUCCCAGUGUAGAUUUGGCUCUCUUGUCCACUGCCCAUUCCCUGCUACAGCUUAAUCGUGCAUCUGCUUCAACAGUGGCAUCUGCUUCAGCUGGUAUACAGUCGUCUUCUGCAUCUACCACCCCCUCUUCCUCUUCCUCUGCUAUAACAAACCAGUUUAAAGGUGCCAAGCAACAGAGAUUUGAUGAAAAUACCCCUCCACACUCCACCAUACAUCCCACUUCUCCCUACUCCCAGCUAGCACACCUUCCCAAGAUCCUGUUCCCCUCUGGCCCCUCUCCACAUCACCCUGGCCUGGCCCUCCUUCGGCCUCCUCACCUUCCCUCCCCUCACCCCCAGCUCACUUUUCCCUUUUCCCCUUACCCCAAACCCCAAUCAUCAUCUCCCUCUUCCUCUUCUCCAUCUUCUUCAACUGCUACGUCUGACACCUGCAAGCUCCAGAGACUGGCACAGAAGCUGGAGAAGCAGCCUCCAUCAAAACCCUUCAGUGAAGACCAGACUAAUGGCAAUACUCAAGCAAAUGAUGUCUCCACGACCACUACCACUAAUACUAUCUCAGACUACAGGAGGGAGAUGAUGACAGCACUGGGUCUAAAUCCUAAUCCCAACAGUGAUCUGAGCACCCAGAGCAUCUCUGGAGCAAUUCCCUCCCUACCAUCUCUGGUGCCUAACCAAUGUGGAGUAUGUCUGCGCGUGCUUAGUUGCCCCAGGGCACUUCGCCUUCAUCAGGCCACUCACCUUGGUGAGCGUCCUUUCCCCUGCAAGCUUUGUGGGCGCUCCUUCUCCACUAAAGGAAGUCUAAGGGCUCAUCUGGCUACACACAGAGCACGUCCGCCAAAUACACGCACACAGAAUUCCUGCCCACUCUGCCAGCGUAAAUUCACCAAUGCUGUUGUACUACAGCAUCACAUUCGGAUGCAUCUAGGGGGACAGUUGCCACCAGAGGGCAAUGGAGAUCUGGGAACAGAAGAACAAGCUGAUCAAAUGGGCAGUAUUAUAUUGCCAAAAAACAUCCAAUCUCUUCCUCUUAAUAUGAGUAUGAGUGUUUCUUCUUCUAUUGCUAGCACACUUCAGCCAAGCACUGUUUCAAGAACUAGCACAUCACCUGAUGCAGAACAUGCUGAAGAUUCCACCAAAGAUGCAUGUGACACACCUGUUAAUCAAGUCAACAUGAUUACUGAUAAAAUCUCAGAGAAGCAAGACCCCACUAGCCCUUUUACCAGUGAUAGCACAUCUGCUAACUCCUCUCCUUUAGAAGAAGAUCCUGACAAUGAUGCAAGUGGUGUUAGUGAUUAUAGUCUUAGUGCUCUCAAGGCUCUUCAUAAUAAACCUCAAACUUGCCCCUUAGUGAGUAAGACUAAAGAGGAUGAUGAGAACAUUCCUCUUUCCCUCUGUACUAGAACCAGUUCCCAGGAACAAACCUCACAUCUGGUGGUCAGUGAGCCAAAAUCCAACCCUCGGUCUUCAGCUCUUGAUCUUUCUCCGGCACUCACACCACCGUCCAGCCCAUCCAAUCAGCAUAAGCCAGAGCACAGAGGUACACAGAAGGCCAUGCCUGUUAAUGGAAAGUGCAUGGAUUCUGAGCUCAGUGAAGGAGGUGAAUCAUUGGUGCCAAUAGUCACUAAUGGAACAAUAGAGGAGGAGAGUGACAAUACAAUGCCUAGGGAUGCUCAAGACUCUAAGAGGAAGGAAGGGGUUAUCAAACCCACAGAGAAAAAUCAUGGAAAUUGGGUUGAAGAUGAAGCAGAAAUCGAAAAGACCCGACCAGAUACUCCAGUGAUUCCACCACAGCCUGCUCGUUCUGAGAAACCCUACAGCUGUACUCACUGUGGCAAAGAAUAUGCCAGCCGCAGUGGACUAAAGGGACACAUGAAAACCCAUAGUGGAGGAAUGACCAAUGAACUGAACACAUCAGUUGUUCCACAGUCCUCAGAGGGAAAUUAUAAAGACACUGUGGAGGCUAGUCCUCAUGCUUCUGGUGCAAACUUGCAAGAAGACAUAAAAAAUGGGAUGGAAAACACUUCAGAAAAAUCCCUCUUAACAGAGGAUUCACUGGCUACUGCUGGUUCAGAUGGAGUACAGGAACCUGAGGACAGGGCAUAAAAGAAUGUAAAAAAAACUGCAGAGACAUAAUGUUUGUCAGUUUUUAAUCAAACAUUUUUACUAUUCUUGUGGUAGAUGUAGCUCUUAAAUCUGUGAUAUUGUAGAAUAAUAGUGAUUCUGUUAACAUGGUAAAAUUAGUGCCUUUUUCUGAAGACAAGGAAAUUUACACAAAGCGAGUCUUUGAUAUCUGAUAUCAGCAUUCUUAAAAUCAGGAUCAAUGGUUGAAAAAAAUGGUGGUAUUUGUAUAUUACAAAUUGUACAAUAUAUUAAUUUGUGGCCUUUUACUAUAGAAAUAAUUGCAGACCAUAUCAUUUCAUCAACCCUGGUCAGCUCUGUAGAGGUGGACAGAUUUGGAAUCUGAUCUUUUAUUUCUUAUUUUGAAUGGUUUUCUCCAUAACCAUAAUGCUUCUGUAUGUACUGGAUGUUAUUUUAUGUAGCAGUGCUGCUCUCAACAUUGUUUAAAGUCUUUAUUAAUGAGGUCUGAUUUCAGUAAAGUUAUACUGUAAAAUUUAGUGAACCAGGUCUUAUAACUUUCAUAUAGUACACUUUCAGUAUGCAGUUAUCGGAUCCAUUAUACUAUCCCUUAUUCAUAUUUUACUGUAGCAUUGUCCAGAGCCAGAGCAACUUCAGUAAACAUGAUAGACUUGAGCAGUGAUGAGAAUGGUUGUUAUGGUAUAGCUAAUAUCUCUAGGCUUAGAGAUGACAUGACCUGUAUCUGCAAGCACCCUGAUUUCUGAUUUCAUUUACAGGCAUUUAGUUGGUUUGCCCAAAUGGUCAUUUAUUUUCUCUCUUGAGUUACUCAAGAAAAAGUCUGCCCUUUGUCAGUGAACUCUAUUUUGCCCACUUAGCCUCUUUUACAUUGUGUGUUCCCCAUUGCUGUUGCCUUUAAGUUUUUUUUUUUUUACUUCAUUGUUUUGAAGAUUAGGAAUAAAAGCCGAAUGAAUGUCAUGUCAUUCAGAUAAA